UAUUUACUCUUCUGGACGUUCUGAUGAAAUUUCAACAACUACGAAUUCGACAGAACAAACAAAAAUUAAAGAACUAUCUCCCAUCGAGACAAAAAUACAAACAGAACCGAAAGGUGAUCGUUUUAGUAUUGAGAAGAAAAAUAUGGAAGAAGAAGAAGAAGAACUAAAAGAAGAUGAAAAGGAUUUGAAAUUAAGAAUAAAGGAAGGGAAGGAAGAAGAAGAAAAAUCAUUUAAACACCCAAGCCUUUGUUUAGGUGAUUUUAUUGAAGAAGGGAAGGUAAUGAGGAAGAAGAAAAAAGUAAAGAGAGGGAAAGAAAGAAGAGAGGAAGAAGAAAAAGAAGUAAAGAAAAUUGAAGAAGAAGAAUCUUCUCAAGACCUUAAAACAUUGGAAGAUCUUCUUGUCGAUUCAAAACCUCUUAUUAAUUCUACUAAUUUAAUUUCUGAAUUGCCAGAAGAGCCGAUCAACUCUUUCGUUAAUAUUUACUCUUCUGGACGUUCUGAUGAAGUUUCUACUUCAACAAAAAUGGAAGAACAUAAAAUUGAUGUUCCUUCUAUUGGUCUUGUUUCAGAGGCUAAGCGACAAUUAGACAUUGAUUCUGUGCCAAUGGAAGUUGAAAAGAAGAAUGUUGGGUAUUAUGAACAAUUAUUUGCUUCACAAGAAGAGGAAACGAAGCCUGAACCUUCAGAAAAAUUAAAAGAAGCUUGUUUAUUUGGCAAUAUUUCUGAAGCAUUUAAACAGCCUGAAUUGGCUUUAACACCUUUGGAUGAUGAAAAGAAGCAUAUUGGGUAUUAUGAAAAUCUUCCACUAUCAACUGUUCAAGAAAAGCCUGAAGCUGAAGAAAAAAGCGAAGCAAAUUUUGUGCCAGAAACAAUUAAACAAACUGAAUUGCCUUUUGAAGAACCUCUUAGAGUAAUUAACGAAGAGGAAAAAGAAAAAUCGGAAGCAACAGAAAAUCUGCUUCAAAAAGAUAGCACACUCUCUAGUUCAGUUACAGAAACAACUGAGCCAUUAACUUCAAAAGAGGAAGAGAUUGAAUAUUUUAAGGAACGUUCUGAAUUUGUUUCAACAACUAAAACAGAAGAAGUUCCAAAGGAAGAAUUUAUUAAUGUUUUUGAAACAACUAAAAAGGAGAUGAUGCCAAAACCUUUGGAAGUUGAAAAGAAAUAUAUGGGUUAUUACGAACAUUUAACAACCAAGACUUUGUCUGAGACACUAAAAAUUCCACAACCAUCGAUUGUGCAAGAAAGAAAGCUUGAAUACCCCUUACUUGAGAUCUGCAAAUCAACAGGAUUGGAUAAAUCUCAAAUUGAUCAAUUUGUUAAUAUCUACUCUUCUGGACGUUCUGAUGAAACAAGAGAAGCUCCAACAAGUGAAGCUUCAAUUAACGUUCCUGAAACAACUAAACAACUAGAAAUGAAGCCAAUACCUUUGGAGGUUGAAAAGAAGCGUGUUGGGUAUUAUGAACAAUUAAUUCCUUCAAUUAUUGAAGAAGAGAAAGAGGAAAAGCCUGAAAGACCGGAAGUUCAGGAAGAAACAAUAGCUUCAGAUUUCCCUUUGUUUACAGAACAGACAGAAAUGUCAAAACCUUCAUUAGAAGCUACAGAAUUUUUGUUAGAAGCAGAACCUUUUGAACUAACAAAAACAGCUUUAGAACCAAAAGAAGAGGAGCACUUGGAAGCAAAACAACAACAAAAACAAAACGAAUUGUCAUUUAAACCUUUGGAGAUUGAAAAGAAGCAUAUUGGCCAUCAAGAAAAUUUGCUUCCUUUAAAAACGGAAGAAGCAAAGCCUGAAGCUUUGGAAGAAAAGAAGAAAGAUUCUGAGCUUUUUACUCAACAAAUUUCAAAAACUGACCUCUUCCCUUUGAAAAAGCCUUCCAUGGCUAGAAAGGAAGAGGAAAAGGAAAAGAAGGAAGAGGGUGAAGAGUUUGAAUUGAAGAAGAAAACUGAGGAAGAUAAAGAAGAAUUGAAGGAAGUUGAACAUAAGGGCCUGUGUUUAGGUGAUUUUAUUGAAGGAAAGAAGGAAAUGAGGAAGAAGAAGAAAGUAAAGAAAGGGAAAGGAAGAGGAGAAGAAAAAGAAGAAAUAAAGGAAGUGGAAGAAUUGAAACUGAAAAAGCCUGAGAAGAAAAUUGAACAACAACCAGUUUUAGAGAGUGAAGGAAGGAAAGAAACCGGAAAGGUUGAAGAGGAAGAAGGCUUUUUAUCAACUAAAGGAAGAGUGUUGGAGGAAGAAAGGAAGGAAAAAGAAGAGGAGGAACAAAAUAAGGAAGUUGAAAUAUUUGAAAGACUUCCUUCAUUUAUUGAACCUUCCAAGGAGAUGACAGAAUAUCCCAAACCUGAAGAAGAAAAUGUCUCUUAUAAAACAACUGAAAAACAUCCAGAAAUGAAGCCAAGACCUUUGGAGGUUGAAAAGAAAAAUAUUGGGUAUUAUAAAGAUCUUCCUCCUCCAUCAAUUGUUCAAGAAACGAACCCUGAAGAACUCUUAUCUGAAACUUCCAAAUCAACAGAAUUGGAUAAAUCUAAAAUUGAUCAAUUUGUUAAUAUUUACUCUUCCGGACGUUCUGAUGAAGUUUUUACCUCAACAGAAAUGGAAGAACAAAAAAUUAAACAUCCUUCUAUUGGCCAAGUCUUGGAGACUAAACGACAAUUAGACAUUGAUUCUGUGCCUAUGGAAGUUGAAAAGAAGAAUAUUGGGUAUUAUGAACAAUUAUUUGCUUCAAAUAUUGAAAAGAAGAAGCCUGAAGCUUCAGAAAAGAUAUUAGAAGAAGCUUCUUUAAUUGGCAACAUUUCUGAGGCAUUUAAACAGCCUAAAUUGGAUUCAACACCUUUGGAUAUUGAAAAAAAGAAUGUUGGGUAUUACGAAGCAUCAGUUGUUCAAGAGAGUCAAUUUAAGGAAAAAGAACUUAAAUUUGAACAAGAAAUUCAAACAAAAAAUUAUGAAGAAUUUAGUUUUGGAAGAAGAGAAAAGAUAGAGGAAGAAAAGAAGAAACCUUUGGAAUACCAAGGAAGAGAAGAACAUCCUGCCAAAUCAUCUCCAGCAUUUUUGGAGGAGGAAGAAAAAUCUUUGGCACAUCCAGGACUUUGUUUAGGUGAUUUUAUUGGAGGGAAGAAAGAAAUGGGGAAGAAGAAAAAAGUAAAGAAAGGGAAAGGAAGAAGAGAAGAAGAAAAAGGAUUGGAAGAAGAAAAAGGAUUGAAGGAAUUGCAACAGAAAAAGCCUGAGAAGAAAAUUGAACAACAACUAGUUUUAGAGAGUAAAGGAAAGCAAGAAACCGGAAAGGUUAGAGAAAGCUCGAAGGAUUCUGUAGAGGAAGAAAGCUCUGAAAAAAGGGUAGUUAAAGAAAGGAAGGAAGAAGUGGAGCAAUUAAACACACAGAUCACAAUAUCUGAAAGACUUCCUUCAUUUGUCGAAUCUUCCCAAGAAGAUGAGGCCGUAAAGAUGACUGAAGAAGCUUCUUCUUAUGAAGCAACUAAACAAACAGAAAUGGAUUUAAUGCCUUUAGAAGUUGAAAAUAAACAUGUUGAGCAUUACUUGGAUCUUUUGCCUUCUACUACAACCCACAAGGAUGAAGAAAAGAAAAUUGAAGAAAAAGAAGGCUCAUUAUCAAUUAAAGGAAGAGUAUUGGAUGAAGAACGGAAGGAAAAAGAAGAGGAGAAAUUGAAGGAGCUUGAAUCUGUUGACUUGAAUGAACCUUCCAGACCUAUUUUAGAGAUGGAGGUGAUUAGAGAAAGUGAAAAGGUGGAGGAAGGGUCUUUUCCGGAAAGAAUAAUAGAAGUAGUAGAAGGAGAAGAGAAAAAAGAAGAUUUUGAGGAAGAGGAAGAAAAGUCAAAAGAAAGUUUUCCUAAUUUAGAGGAGGAACAAAAGAAGGAAGAAUUUAUUCUUUCAAAAUUAUACUCUGAUAGAGUGGAAGGAGGCGAAGAAUUGCUUGAAGAAUUAAUUCCUUCUUCAAGUCAAAUGAAAGAAAAAGGGCAACAGAGAUUGGAAGAAUUAACAAUUUUUGAUCAACAACAACCAAGUACUUCUACAAUAACAACGAAACAACAUUUAGAGCCGGAUUAUGAUAUUGAAGCUGCCGCAGAAAUGUUUGCUGCAGCUUUUCCUAAUAGAGAACCUAAAGAUGUUUUGAGAGAACAUGGAAUUACUGACUUGGAGUUGGUUUUGGAUGAGGAAUCUGAAGAGGAGGAAUAUGAAAUUGAAUCUCUACCUGGCAGCAUAAUUUAUCCAGAUGGAGAAACACCUGAAUCUCCAGUGCCCGAUGAUCCUCGACAAGGCGAUAGAGUAUCCAGAUCAUCACAAGAAUUGGAUGACAGAUCGCGUUGGAGGCGUGUUUUACGGACUGCUUUGCCUUUACAAGUAAAUUGA